AUGGGCAGCAACGGCAAGAGCAGGGCGCAGCAGGAGCUGAGCACGGGGACGGAGAUGAGGAAGCCCGAGGACUGCACGGGCUCUUUCUUUCGACACCUCGAGCCGCCUUUGGCCGACGAGGGCGGCGCCGGCAUGGCUCCGCCGCGCGGCGCGAAGCGGCCCCACCACUGGAGCUCCAGCGGCGGGCCGCUGCCAGGCCCUGCGGCCAGCGGGGGCUGGGCCGGCAGCGCCAGCGCCCUCGGCGCGGGCAGCUCAUCGGCGAGGCCGUGGCACGGCGGGCGGCCCCCCGGGACGCCCGCCGGCGCACGCGGCGGCAGGGCGUCUGGCGCCGGGGCCUCGGCGCCCGCGGCCGCGCCCGCGGGCUCGGCGCACGAGGGCGGCGCCGACCCCGCCGAGGCAGCGCCGCCGCCGCGGGGAGCCGUGUGCGCGGUGAUCGAGAGCCGCGCCCGCGAGGUGGGCCUCGCGUUCAUGCACCGGAGGUCCAUGGAGUUUGAGAUCGCUCAGUUCUGCGACAACGGCAGCUACAGCCGCACCACCGCCGCGGUGCUGGCCUUGGAGCCGCUGGCGGUGGUGGCGAGCCGCACGUCGAGGGGCACGCAGCUGUUCAGGGUGCUCGACGAGGCCCUGGCGCAGGCAGGCUACCCCGAGCCCACGCUCGUGGACCGGAGAUUCUUCGACGAGACCGAAGGGCACGGACUGCUCGAGGAGGCGGACGUGUCGGGCCUCCAGCCGUGCGAGCUCCCUGCCAAGUUCGUGGCGUGCGCCGCGCUCGCGGCGCUGUGGCGCUUCGCCGAGUCCGCCAUGGAGCUUCACCUGCAGGCCAAGGCGGUGAGCGUCGUGUACCGCGGUGCUGCAGACGUGAUGGCCAUCGAUGCAAACACUGCACGGCUCUUGGAGCUCGUGGUGGACGCGCGAGGGCACAAGGAGCGCAAUUCCAUGUUCAGCAUGUUCGCCUGCCGCACGCCGGGCGGCGCAAGGCUUCUGCGCCAGUCAUUGCUGCAGCCGCCGGCCGUGCGUGCAGAGAUCGAGGCGCGGCAGGACGCCGUUCAGGCGCUGCUUGCCGACGAGGCGCUCUUCUUCGAGCUGCAGCGGCUGCUGCCCGCUGUGGGUGAUCUGGACCUCCUCGCGGCACGGCUCACCGUCGAGCCCAAGACGCGUGGCCAGCAGUGGUGUAAGGCUGCCAUUCGCACCGCCGUGCGGCUGCGCCACGCGCUGGCUGCGCUGCCGCUGCUCGCGGAGGCGUUGAAGGCGGCCGACGGGCGCGAGGCGCCCAGUCUGCUGGGCGAUGCCCGCGCAGCCCUGCUGCACUCGCGGUUUCCCGGCCUGCUGCAGGAGCUCGACACCGUGCUCGACGGGGAGGGGCCGCCACUGCUCCAGGGCCAGGGCUCCAUGGCGCACGCGGCGCUGAUGUACGCCGUGCGCCCGAGCGUGAGCGCUCUCUUGGACAUCGCAAGGCAGACGUGGAACGACGCACUGGAGCAGAUCCACUCGAUGCACCGCAGCUACGCGGCCAAAUACCCCGAGAUGAACAUCAGGCUGGAGUUCACCGACCGUCGCGGCUGGUACUUCUCCCACACCGCCGUGCACGAGUUGCCGGCGGACUUCUUCCGAACGGCCCAGAAGGGCACCUCCGCGAAGCAGACCAGCACCACCCGGGAGCUGAGCUCGGAGAACUUCAAAUUGCGACAGGCCGAGCGGGAGAUCUUGAUGCAGACAGUCGCGGUACUGAACGGUCUCUACGAGGUGCUGCGCGUGGAGGCACCGCUGCUGUACCGAGUGUCGCACGCGGCCAGCACCCUCGACCUCAUCCAGGCGUUCGUGGGCUACGCGCUGCUCUGCGGCGGGUGCGUGCGGCCCGAGCUGACGGAGGAGCCGUCCGCUCCCAUUGCCGUCAAGGGCGGCAGGCACCCGCUGAUGGAGCGGAUCCUCUCGCAGGACUCUCGGUCGUUCGAGCCCCUCGACUUCUUUAUCGGGGAGGCUUGCCACUUCCAGGCCGUCACCGGGCCGAACGCUGGGGGGAAGUCCACGUAUCUGCAGACCGUGGCUCAGCUGGUCGUGCUGGCACAGAUCGGCUGCUUCAUCCCCGCGCGCUACGCCACGGUCCGGGUGGUCUCAUCCCUCUUCACGCGCAUUGGCAGCAGCGACAGCAUCGAGGCCUCGGCCUCCACCUUCCUGCUGGAGAUGCAGGAGGCAACCCACAUCAUCCGCGACGCGGCCCCAGAGAGCCUGGUUCUCAUCGACGAGCUCGGCCGUGGCACCGCGCACGCCGACGGCGUCGCCAUUUGUUGGGCGGUGUGCGAGCGCCUCAUCGAGCUCAAGGUGUACACGCUCUUCGCGACGCACUUCUUCGAGAUCUGCCGUCUUCAGGCGGUCUUCCCAGGCUUCCGCAACAUCCACUUGCGGUCAACCGCUGGCGCUGGCCAGGGCCUCCACACAGACGCGGGCGCGGGAGCACAGGCGCACGACCACGCGCAGGGCGCACAGAAUUUCGCCGCGCACCAGGUGGCAGACAUCCUGGAGCGCCUCCAGCGCCCCUGGCUGGAGAAGCGCGCAGCACGCCAGCCUGAGGUCUUCGUGGGGUCGGAAGGGUCGAAGGACGUAGAGACGAAGGAACGUAGAUAA